AUGCACAUAGAGAGCUACUACGAAGCAGCUAGGCCUAAUUAUGAUACAAGGUCCAAUAGUAUUUCCUAUGCACAAUCUCAAAUGGGUCCUAACAAUAAGGACUUGAAAUUGAAGAAAAGGAAAAACAUUUAUUCAAGAUCUUCAAUUUCCAAGUCUUGGAGCUUUGCUGAUGAUUCUGAAUUUCAAAGGAAGAAAAGGGUUGCUAGCUACAAAAUGUAUUCUGUCGAAGGAAAGGUGAAAGGUUCCUUGAAGAAGAGCUUCAAGUGGCUGAAGGAUAGGUACUUGUAUGUGGUUUAUGGCUUGUAG